AUGGCUACCCGCUAUCACCAAGCAGCGAGCGACAGCUACCUGGAACUCCUGAAGGAGGCCACCAAGCGCGAUCUCAAUCUGUCGGAUGAUGAUGGCAUGACACCCACGCUCCUGGCAGCCUACCACGGCAACCUUGAGGCCCUGGAAAUAAUCUGCAGCAGAGGUGGGGACCCUGACAAGUGUGACAUCUGGGGAAAUACUCCUCUACAUUAUGCCGCCUCCAAUGGCCACACCCACUGCAUCUCAUUCCUGGUCAACUUCGGUGCCAACAUCUUUGCCCUGGAUAAUGACUUAAAGUCUCCACUGGAUGCUGCUGCCAGCAGGGAGCAGAAAGAAUGUGUUGCUCUCCUGGAUAAGGCUGCCACCAUACAGAACACCACGAACCCCAAGAAGGUCGCCCGACUGAAGGAGCAGGCUCUGAGGAACGCCAGGAGGCAGAUGAGAGAAUGCGAGCGACUUCAGGAGAAGCACCAAAGCAAGAUGGCACGCAACUAUAGCAAGGAGGACUCUGGAACUUUUUCUUCUUCCCACGGCGCCUUCUCUGGGUCAUCCCUUUCCAAAGCUUCUACCGGGGGAUUUGGGUCACUGUCUAAAGGGAUUAAAGAUACCUUCAAGUUAAAAUUUAAGAAGAACAAAGAUACAGCAGAGCAGGUGGGGCAGGAAGACAGAAACGGGCAGAGGCAUGUAAUGGAAGUGUUCAGAGAGGAGGAGGAAGACUCAUUUCCAGAUGACUUCGGAGAGAAGCUCAGUUUCUCAGCAGGGAAGGCCAGCGAUGUACAGCACGAGUCUAUUCUCAACCGUCCAGGGCUAGGGAGUAUUGUUCUUAGAAGGAACAGAGUACUGGACCUCGAGGACAUCUCAGACAGCAAGAGGGAGUUGGGGUUUAAAAUGCCCAGUGAGCUGUUCGAAAGACAAGGGGCAGCUGAUGAAGAGGAGGAUGAAGAGGGAGAGGGAGAUGGCACUGCAGGUGACCUUCCCUGGGAUGAUGAUGAAGUCGAAUGGGAGGAGGAUGUGGCUGAUGCCACUCCCCUGGAAGUGUUCCUGCGGGCUCAGCACCUAGAGGACUUCCUCCCCGUUUUCAUGAGAGAGCAGAUUGAUCUAGAAGCCCUGCUGCUUUGCUCCGAUGAGGACCUUCAGAAUAUUCACAUGCAAUUGGGCCCCAGAAAGAAAGUCCUUCAUGCCAUAGACAAGAGGAAGCAGGCGCUCCGACAGCCUGGGCAGCUGGUGGACACCAGCCUCUGA